ACAACAACACCGAUUACCUCAUAGCCCGGUGCGGGAAACCAUUGAUGCUUUGUUUGGGCGCUUGUGGAGACAGCAAACGUUAAGUCCAUUUAGUGUACAGCUUGGCAUGUCUUACUACUGCUAUUUUUAGGAAGACGCGUGAGAUGACAUUGCCAUCAUUUAGCAGUUGGAACCCUAAUUAACUUGUUCGUCCGAGUCAAGAGUGCAAUCAGCAGCGUGACUCAAGAUGUCCAAACUUCAGCUUAGAAGCACCAGGAGUAGAAGGAGGGCAACGUCCCCAGCUGCUGUAGAGGACUCGAAGGCAGAUGUUCCCUCCAGCAAAAGACCUCGGAAGGUUAACAGCGCUAAACAUUCAGAGUCGGAUGAAACUAAACCAGAUCUCUCAUCAAAAGACAGCAGCCUUCAAAUCACUAGCAAAGUGGAUCUUUCAGAGUCGGACAGCAGUUCUGAUGAGUUUAUUAGGCCUGCAGACACUUUGAAAGUUAAUGCUGGUAUACUCUCUCUCAGGAAUGGACCGUCACCUGAACCAGAUUUCUCAGCUAUAGAAAGUACUAUUUUGACAGGAGUGUCAAGGCUAAGUGAUUCUGAUUCAGAUAACUCUGACUUUGAAGAAGUUGGGGUUGAUUCAGCACCCAAUUCCUCUGACACUUUAGUCAAGAAAGAAAGCCCAAGCUUUGGAAAGGAUACCCUAAAAGCAGCAAAUCAUAAUGAUCUAUCAAAAGUUAGUUCUUCUAAAUCUGAUAAAUCUGUCAAUGGAAAGCUUUCUCUGGAAAAGAUCAAGUCAGAAAACAACGAAAAAAUGUCUCUGACAAAAAGUGAACCUGAGGGAAAAAAAGUAUUGUCUGAGAAAAAUACCAAGAAAGUAGAGAGAGUCACUAGAACCUCUAGGAAGACAAGUGCCGAUAAAACAAUGAAGACUGAAUUUCCUGAAAGUAGUAAGUCUGUCUCUGACAAAAAACAAACCACUCGGCAGUCUUCAAGCAAGUUAAAAGAGGAUAAAAAGAGCAGGGCAAGUGCUUCAUCCAAGAGCUCUACAACACAGAAGACUAAGAAAGAGGACAAAAUUAGAAAUUCUCCCAUCAAGAAGGAGGUGCCGGAAUCCCUGGACACUAUGGACAUAGCUCAGCUGCUUGCCCUUGGAGAGGGUUUAAAGAUGGAUAUGAAGUCUCCCCUUCCAUCUGAUUCUGAGAGUGAAGAUUGGGAAGAAGUCGACCAAGCCGACCAAAAGAAGCAUGAAAUUCCUAAAGAGGGUGUUCAAAUUACAUUGGACAUGCCUGAGUUCAGUUGGAAACGUAAGAAGCAGCGUGAUCAACAGGCUUGCAUGCAAGCAGAAAUGAACCGAGCAUUUAACCGGGUCCGCAGGGAGCUGCAGUUACUGUGCCAUAAGACAAGUCUGCUGCUGUGGGUAGCACAUGGGAGGUACCUCAAUAAUGUCAUCAAUAAUGAUGGUGUCCAAGCAAUUGCACUCUCUCUUGUGCCCACUGACUUAACUGUCCUUCCCAAGAAACCAGGACGAAAGUAUGUUGAUCUGCUCUUAAAAUGGUUUGCAAAAGACUUUGAGUGCUCAGAGGGCUUCCCUGAAACUCUUGAAAGUAGUCAGUCACGCCCAUUGGGGGCAAUUCUUGCACAGCACUUCUCUCGUAAAUAUGCUAAAUCAACCAGAGAAUUGAUAUUUAUGUUUAUUGCAAUCCUACGUGCAGUUGGGAUGGAAUGCAGACUCAUUGUCUCAUUCAACAAAACAACAACAACAUUGAUAUUUAUGUUUAUUGCAAUCCUACGUGCAGUUGGGAUGGAAUGCAGACUCAUUGUCUCAUUCCAACCCAUGCCCUUGAAACCGCAAAGUAAUGAACUUCUUGCAAUCAGUACCAAUGGUAAAAGAGGGAAGCCAUCUAAGAAAAAAAAUGAAGAGGACGAUGAAGUAUCAGAAAAACAGUCGUCACCUCAAACACCAGGGACUAGUAAAACAGCACAUUCAACCAUUAAGUGCAAGUCAGCUCCUAAUAAUGAUGGUAAAAGCUCAAAAUAUUUUAGAAAAUCUGCACCAGCUUCAUCUGAAUCCAUCUCACAGAAUAAUGAUGGUCCCAAGAAAGAAAGCAGUAACAAACGCAAGUCUGAGUCCUCUGCAGCAAGAUCACCUGUCAAAACUCGGGGUCUUAGAAGAAAAGCGUCAGAGAAAAAAUACAAAGAGAAAACUGAUUCUGAAAGUGAAAGUGACCCUGAUGAUCCAGGACCAAUUCUUAGCCCUGGUAAAAAGCAAAAACUUGAUCAAGAUUCAUCACAACGUUUGAAGGAAGCUGCUGCUAAACGUGUACCCCCAAGUAAGAGGUCUAUUUCUAAGAAGUCUGUCAGUCCUGGACCCUCUCAGGCUGCGGAAAAGUUAUCCAAGACUUCAGAGAGUGAAUCAGAUUUUAAAGUUAAGAGGUUUUCUUUGGCUGGUACAAGCAAACCAUCAACCUCUUCAAAACCGAGUGGUUCCCGCAGGUCAAUAUCUCAAGAGUCUGACAGUGACAGUGAUUUUGAAAAAAAGCCCAAGUCCAAACAAACUUCUAAAACUAACAAAUCACCAGCUACAAAACCAAGUGGUUCCCGUAGGUCAAGAUCUCAAGAGUCUGACAGUGACAGUGAUUUUGAAGAAAAGUCCAAGUCCAAACAAACUUCUAAAACUAACAAAUCACCAGCUAAAAAGCAGCCAUCCAGGGGAAGGCCAUCAAAAGGAUCGGGAAAGAAAGUUCUAUCCUCAGAUGAUAACUCAGAAAAUCGUAAGUCAAUGAAUUCAGGAUCUGAUUACUGGGUGGAAGUCUAUCUAAAUGAUGAAGAUCGAUGGACUUGUGUUGACGUCCCGUCCAAAAAAAUUGAUUCCACAAAGCAAAUACUGUUGAAGGCCAGUCAACCAGUAUGCUAUGUAAUUGCAUUUAAUGCUGAUGGUACAUUGAAAGAUGUCACUAAACGUUAUUCCCCUAAAUAUUCUCAAGUGACUGUAAAGCAAAGAGUGUCAGUUGAGUGGUGGGACAAAACUUUGAAGCCUUUCAGACCCAAACAUUCUCGUCAGGAAGCAGCAGAAGAUAGUGAAAUGAAUCUUGUAGAACUGGAUAGACCAAUGCCAAAAACAGUUGGAGAGUGCAAGAACCAUCCACUUUAUGUUUUAAAACGCCAUCUCCUCAAAUUUGAGGCGAUUUACCCUGCAGACUCUCCAAGUCUAGGUUUUGUCCGUGGUGAACCUGUUUAUGCCAGGCAGAAUGUGUACACUUUGCAUUCUCGAGAGAUUUGGAUGAAAGAUGCUAAAGUGGUCCGUCUUGGGCAACAGCCCUAUAAAAUAGUAAAAGCUCGGCCGAAAUGGGAUAGGCUCUCUGGGAAAGUGAUCACUGAUUUACCUCUUGAAGUGUUUGGUCCAUGGCAAGUUGAAGAUUAUGUCCCUCCCCCAGCAAAAGAUGGAAAAGUUCCCAGGAAUGCUUAUGGAAAUGUAGAGCUGUUCAAACCAACUAUGCUGCCCAAAGGAACUGUACAUUUGCAAGUUCCCUUCCUGAGCAGAGUUGCGAAGAAACUUCGCAUUGAUUGUGCUCCUGCAGUUGUUGGCUUCGAUUAUCAUUCAGGUGGUUGCCACCCGACCUAUGAUGGUUUUGUUGUAUGUGAAGAGUUUGUUGAUGUGCUGAUGGAUGCGUGGAAUAAGGAAAUUGAUGAAUCUGCCAAACGCCGUGAAGAAAAACAUGAAAAGCGAGUAUAUGGCAAUUGGAGGAGACUGAUCAAAGGUUUAUUGAUUAGAGAACAUCUAAAGUACCGUUAUGAUUUCAAAGAGGAGGGAGCAGGGGAGGCUGGAUGUAGCCAGUCCCUUGUUAAUGCUGAUGCAUUAAAAGCAUCUCGUAUUCAGGCUGAGAACGCACCACUUCCCCCCAUCUUUCCCAAAUUGAUGGCAAAUAUCAAAAAUAAGAAGACUCAAAGAAGAACUUCAACUACCAAGGCCAAUAAGAACCAAACGAAAUCCUUGGGGGGAAAGGAGGGACCAAAGGGAAGAAAGGGAAAGCAGGGUGGGGGGAAGAAAAAGAAAGUUGAAACCAGUGAAGAAGAAGAAGAAAGUGAUUGGGACACUGGAACAACGUCUGAAGAUGAAACGGAAAUGGUUCUCUUGUCUGAUGAAGAUAGUGGAAGUGAGUUUGAGGACUUGAAGAAUAAAAAGUAGCCCAUGCAAAUAUUUGUUCUUCUGGGGUGUUGGUUUUAUAAUACCUACUUAAGUCUUGUUACCAGACCAGGCAUCAGUAUUUUUGUUUGUACUAAAUUACGUUUAAGUUUUGGGACUUUUAAAUUUAUCAUUUCUUUCCGUGACGAUGGUGUUGUUGCUCUGUGUAAUAUGGCAUUGAAAAGUGUUUUUGCAGAGGAAGGCAUGAUACAUUUUAAAGCCCCUAGUCAGCAAGUGGUUGUGUUUAGUUUAUAUUUAAGUCUUGUAUGUCUACCUCAAUCAUUGUACCUGGAAAAACUUCAUACCUCUCAGAUUAUGUAGUGUGUAGUGUUAUUAGUCAGUAAUUUGGGUUGAAGCCCUGUAAAACAUUGUUUAAUAUUUUUUCUAAUGUGAUCUGUCUAGUAGUAACUAGAGAGCCUCUUUCAUUCAGUAGUAUUCUAGCAUUUUAAUCUUGCCAAUGCUUUCAGUUCCAGUAAAAAAGAAUUAUGGUGACUCAGUAUUCUUAGUUGUAAAGAUCAGGAAGUCUAUUUAACUAGCCUGGUUUUGAAGCAUCUCCGGCUGGACCACACAAUUUUUAUCUUAAAUGUAUGUCCUUGGUUUUAAACGAUUUUCAGUGAGAUGCUGACUUGUGUUGCAUGCAGAUGCUAAACCUGUAAUUUUAGUUCAUGUUUUAAUUACUCGUUAUUCUUAAGUUUCUAUUGCAAGUGCCUGAAUGUAAAUUGCAAUAACCGUCAGAAUUUUUUUUUUUCUGACGAUUCCUUAUUGUUGAGGCCACUGGCCAGAAAAAUAAAAGUUUUGUUACUUUUCUUAA